GUGAAAGACAAGACAAAACAAAACAAACUCCCCUGAUCUGAUCAGGAGAGGAGAUCACACACGCUUCACGACUCUGUUUAAUUUUCUUCAGCUAUCUAGGUGUCGAAGAUCGAUAGAUAGAUAGAUAGAUAUCUGUAUAGACCCAUAAACUCAAAAUCAAAAUCAAAAUCAAGAUCGAGAGAGAGAGAGAGAGAGAGAGAGAGAGGAAGGACUUCUGAACCCCUCCGACAGCGACGUCAACCGAACGCCAUUGGUUUUUUUUUCUGGCCACCUACCAUUUUAUUUCACGUACCCGAUUUCCGCCCUCCCUCUUCAUAUACGCCCAUGCUUUGAUCUGAAAAAAAGGGGCAGAUUUGGUGGAUACUUUGAUCGGGAAUAAAAGUUUUAGAGAGAGAUGGGAGUGUGUGGGUCUAAACCCAUGGCUUGCGUGUGUCCCGGAAAGAAACCCGGCAGAAGAAGACGACGGAGGAGAGAGAGGAAGAGUAAGAUCCAUUCUUCUCUAUACAAACGGAACGACGUCGUUGAUCCGUCUACCCUCGUCGAUCGGGCUUACACCAACCCUACUUUCAGAGUGGCAUCAAAAGAAAAUUCUGACGCUGCAAAUGCUGCAACAGCAAUCGAGUCUGAUUGUGAUGAUGAUUUUCAUAGUGUGCAAGAUGCAUUUACAGAUGUCUAUCACCGUAGCUCCGAUGUUGAUUCCACUUCAGAUAUCGUAUCUCCCAGAUCUUCUCGCCACAUUAAUUAUGAUAUUACCCGCAAGUAUUUAUCUAGUCAGCAACCCAAUCUAAAUGGAGAAUCAGGAGGAGAUACGGAAAGCAAAUGCGGAGGAGAGGGCGCAAAGAAUGAGAAAACCCUUAAUCUGCGUCCAAGAGGUGUUGAUCCUCAAUUGGAAUCUGAUGAAAGUGACAGUGAUAACGAAGCAGGAGUGUUGCACAAUUGUGGACUUCUUACCAAUAAUUGUUUACCUUGUCUUGCUACUGAUGUUUCCUCUGAUGAAAAUAAAAGACCCCUAAGCCCCAGCACCCCGAGUGCCAUGAAGAAAAUGGCUUCAAUAUUCUCUUUUAAAAGGAAGGAGGAGCAAGCUACUCCUGCACUAUUUUCACCAAAGGCACUUCUCCAAAGACCAGUUGCGGGUUCCCAAGUUCCACACUGUCCACCAGAAAAGACAAUGAGUGAUUGCUGGUCACCAAUCGAGCCAAGUACCUUCAAAGUCCGUGGUGGAAACUAUCUUAGGGAUAAAAAGAAAGAUUCUGCUUCAAACCAUGCUGCAUUUUAUCCUCUUGGUGUAGAUGUGUUUUUGUCUCCGCGUAAAAUUGAUCAUAUUGCUCGUUUCGUGGAACUUCAAGCCUUGAAUUCGUCUGGAGAAGUCCCUGCUAUUCUUGUCGUUAAUCUUCAGAUUCCGCUGUAUCCUGCCAAAAUCUUUCCAAAUGAAUAUGACGGAGAAGGAAUGAGUUACGUUUUGUACUUCAAGCUAUCCGACAAUUAUUCGGAACUUCCACUCAAUUUCCAAGAACAAAUCAAGAGGUUGAUUGAUGACGAAGUAGAGAGGGUCAGAGGUUUUCCGUUGGAAACAACUGCACCCUUCAGGGAAAGGUUGAAGAUCUUGGGUCGAGUGGUAAACAUGGAAGAUCUUCAUCUAAGUGCAGCUGAGAGGAAGCUUAUGACUGCUUACAAUGAAAAGCCUGUUCUCUCACGUCCUCAACAUGAAUUUUACCUGGGGCAGAACUACUUCGAGAUUGAUUUGGAUAUGCACAGAUUUGGCUAUAUCCCUAGGAAGGGUUUUGAAACAUUUCAAGAGAGAUUGAAGAAUUGCAUCUUGGAUUUUGGCCUGACUAUACAGGGAAACAAACCAGAAGACUUACCAGAGAAUGUGCUCUGUUGUGUGAGAUUGAAGGAGAUUAACUAUUCUAAUUACCACCAACUGGGGUUUUGAAUCAAGGGCUUUCGUACCCAGCUUGGGUUUUCACUGAAAAGCCAAAGAUUCCAGCAGAUGAGAACUAAUCAAGACUCAAGAGGCGUCGUUUGAGUUUUUUCAUGGGUUAUUUAUUGUUCCUGUUUUUACAGGUCUUUGAAUAAUCUUGCAGUCUCUUGAAUUGACUUUGAACAUCCGUAUUUAUCUGUAAAGCAUUGCUUACACGAGUGUACAGUUCAAAACCUGGUUGAUAUGAAAUAAAAAGCAAGCAUUUUCACGAA